CAUUUUGUGUGUGUUUGAAUUUCCAGCAUCUGCAGAUUUCCUGAUGUUUGGACUUCAGUCUUGAACUGGGUUGACAGACCAAAUUUAGACAGCCAGUGCAGAGCAGGCUGGAGUUAAAACAGAAAAUGGUGGAAUCACCCUCUUUGGGUCUCUUGAUCUCUCUCUCACUCUCUACUUCACCCUCGGUUCCCUUCACGUACCAAACAUUGAAACGUCACACAAAGUGAGAGGACUCAACCAGACCAGCGACCCAGCAGUUCAAACAGCCAGCUGGAUACUUGACAACUUUCCCAUUCGUGUUUCUGAUGGACAUUUCAGACACGAACUUCUGUCGAUGAAGCGUCACAUCUGUGAUCGGAAGAAGUGUUUUAUCCCCAAAACCGGGAACUGAAAGCAACAUUGAAGGAAAUCCGUACGUUUUAGACUCCGAUUGUCACGCCAGGGAGGAGCCGAGUGUUUGAUAACACUUGCCUCAUUUCUCGGGGGUGUCAGUGAACAACACCCGUGUUCCUGUGGAAGGAACUCUUGUCCACGACAAGCAACAGUUUAACUCGCAGCCACGGCAUCUGGUGCAGCGACACGGAGAGCGGCCGCCACAGUGUCCGGCGCGAUGGCUCUUACUGGCUCCGUGGCUCAUUUGCCAAUAGUGUUUCUUCUGUUAGGUCGAGUCGCCUUCGUCUCUGGAACAGAAGUGCGAGGAGUCACGGGACAGUCGAUCACACUGCCGUGCCGCUAUUCUGUCGGAAAAUAUGGGAAAACUGAGAUGUGCUGGGCCCGGGGACAGUGUGGUGUUAUGAACUGUGCAGAUGAGCUGAUUGGAACAAAUGGAGACAGAGUAACUUCUGCAACAUCCCAGAGAUAUAGUCUUGGUGGUAGAAUUGCGGCAGGAGAUGUUUCGCUCACUAUAAAGGAUCUACGGAGAGAAGAUAGCGGCUGGUAUUGCUGCCGUGUGGAGAUUCCGGGAUGGUUUAAUGAUCUGAAAGCGAAUUUCAAUCUCCGGGUUUCGGACGGUCGAGUCUCCUUCGUCUCUGGAACAGAAGUGCCAGGAGUCACGGGACAGUCGAUCACACUGCCGUGCCGCUAUUCUGUCGGAAAACAUGGAAAAAGUGAGAUGUGCUGGGGCCGGGGAGAGUGUCCUUUCAGCGGCUGCGGAGAUGAACUGAUUAGAACAAACGGAGACAGAGUAACUUCUGUAACAUCCCAGAGAUAUAGUCUUGGUGGUAGAAUUGCGGCAGGAGAUGUAUCGCUCACUAUAAAUGAUCUACGGAGAGAAGAUAGCGGCUGGUAUUGCUGCCGUGUGGAGAUUCCGGGACUGUUUAAUGAUCUGAAAACAAAUUUCAAUCUCCGGGUUUUGGACGGUCUUACAACAGCGACGGCUACAUCUCCUAGUGUUUCUACACAUUUACCUGUUUCUGCUGAACUUUUGAACAACCUGAUUUCUCUUCUUUGCUGGACCGCUCGUGCCUCAGUUUUCGUCUCUUUUCUUUCCAUCACUGUGCUGCUUUGCAAGUGGAAACGCACAUCCUCCAUCUGUCUGAACAGGAACAACACCAAGUCCAUCAGGGACUCCAUACCCUUGCAGCAAUCACAUUGACGUCCACGACUUCCCAUAGUGAAACAAAGAUUGACCACAUACGGUGACUGAAAUACCCAUUCCAAAUGAAUGUGCAGAGCCCAGAGUUAGUGCUAAACUUUACAGAAAAGUUAUGAACUGGAAAGCAAGCCUGAAAUUUUUGUUUACGGAAACAAAAUCCUUUUGUCUGGUCUCCUGCUGUGUCAUCAAAGUAACAAAUCACCACAUAACUGAGAACUUAUAACAUGAGGAAAUCGGCACAUGCUGGAAAUUCAGACAACACACACUAAACGCUGGUGGAACACAGCAGGCGAGACAGCAUCUAUAGGGAGAAGCACUGUCGAUGUUUCGGGCCGAGACCCUUCGUCAGGACUAACUGAAAAGUUAUGAUGGUUUUCAUCUGAUCAAGGCUGACUUCAACAGGCAUUUACAAACGUAGACAGAGGAGAUGUACCAUUGGAAUUACA